AUGCAAUCACAUCCACCAAAUAGUGCAUUUCGACUACAUCUUGUCACUUUUCUUUUGCUCAUAUUACUGUACUCUCCAUUAGCUUCACAUGCAGCAGCCAUUACUAGAUACACCGCCACCACCUCUCAGCCUACCAUUACUAUUGACACCGCCGGCACGGACUCUACCAACCUCAAUGUUCUAACUGUUAAUGCUGCUGCUGCUACUGCUACUGCUGCUGCUGCUACCACCACAACUUCAUUCGAGCCUGAACCAGUCCCAACAAUGAUGAUCGAUAUAUUAUCUGCACAACCACAAUUCUCAUACUUCUUGCGAAUCUUGCAGCGGCACCAAAUGGUACCCAAACUCAAUCUCUUGAGGAAUGUCACAUUAUUGGCGCCUGUGAAUCUGGCAUUUGCUGGUGUCAAAAAUAAUGGAGAAAACAAUGACGAAGAACUCGACUUUUAUUUAAUGGGUGGAGCAAGCCCCGAUGAGACUUUAUUCCGAUAUGUUAUCAACCAGACAUUGGUUUUGGAAAAUAUGACUGAAGGGGAGGUUGUGUAUGAUACUUUGUAUAAUAACGGUAAAGCAAAUGUGUCUUAUCCAAUUAUAGUACGGAAUACCGACAAUCAAGGUGAAUGGAUUGUUGACGAGUCGGCAACAAUUGUUGAACAAGACUUGUAUGCAAAGCAUCAAUGGUCCUAUGUCCAAGCGGUUGAUCUGCUUUUGCCAGUGAAAUCAAGUAUGUGUGAUGUUCUUUUAAAUGGUGAUAUAAGUGAAGUUUCACUAAUGAGUAAGAUAUUUGAUUUUUUAUUCGACAACGAUGAUGAUGAUGAUGAUGGCAAUGAUGUCAGUGGUGACGACGAUUAUGAGGCGUCAAGGGGCAAUAAGAAUAAAAAUGAGAAACGGAAAAAAAGAAAGACUCGUAAAGGAAAGAAAAAGAAGCAAAAGUUGAAGAUUCCAAAAACUUGUGAGGAAUUCACACGUGGUGUCAAGACCAUCAUUUUACCCACAGAUCAGUUAUUGAAAGAUUCAUUAAGCGCAUUGCAAUUAGACUACUACUUGGCAAACUCUGCAGAUGAAUCCUUUGUCAGUACUGAGGAUGCAGUGAGGGAGAUUAAACAAGAUACUUUGAAUUUAUUACGACAUUUGAUGUUUGUUGACUAUGUUGCCGGAGUCAAUGGGACUCUGGACAAAGUAAUAUCAUUGGCCGGUAAAAAGCAACAGUUUUUGUUGAAUGAAAAGCAAGGUGAUAAAAAAGUGGGAGGAAAGUCGAGUAUAUCAGUGGGUGGGUUUCCUGUAAGUCAAACACAUGUACUUGCAAAUGGAAUAUUACAAAUAUUUGAUGUCAGGGAAAAUGACAAUGAAAAAAACAGUACCAGCACCAACACCAACACCAACACCAACACCACUGCCAAAACCAACAGCUUUAGCAAAGCACUGUUUUUUGAAAAACUAAAGAUCCCCACGGUGGAAAUGAUUGCACGCAAGGCAUUAUACGCUGCACAUUAUUCUGCGUUUGUUAGUGAGUUGGAGUUUAGAUCGCUUGAUUAUUUGAUUGAUGGAUCAUCUUCAAACCAAACAAUAUUUAUUGAUGUUGACCUGAGAGAUGAUGUUGAUGAUGACAAUGAAAUCAUUGCCAGUUCAUUUAGUUUGAAGCAGGAGUUUUUGUAUCAUUUUAUUGAUGGUGUGAUGAAUUUUACCAAUCAUGACCACAUUUUGGCUGAUACAAAGCUUUGUGUUAAAAAGAAAUUAGGUGGAUGUUACAAGAUAAAAAUUUCCAAUACUUCUGAAGAAGAUGGAAAACAAAUGUUGCGAAUAGGAGAUGGAAUUGAAAUACUUCUGAUUACCGAUAUUGCAAACGAUAGUCAAAUUAUAAUUGGCAAUGAAGAGUUAUCGCCUCCUGUUAAUCUCAAACACUCGUUAGGUGACUUGAUGUCCACAGACGCUAUACCUAAGCUUUUGGAAGGAAUUAAUAUUGAUAGGCAAAGUUGCUUAAAGACGCUAAACUACUUGAGCACUUUUGAGCUAUACUCACUAGACGAUAAUGGUGAGGGAUAUACGAUUUUGUUACCAUGCGGUGAAUCUAAUAAUGGUGUAGGUUUGUGGAAUGAACUUGGUUUAAUUCUAAAGUAUCUUGAAAAUAACCCUAAAUUGUUCAAAGAAAUUACUCAGGGUAUGUUUUUAGAGGGAACGUUGUAUUCUGAUUUUGCUGGAAAGAGCAGUUUUCGAACCAUUGCCAAGUCAGGAGAACACCUGAUUGAUGUUGAGAGUGAAGGAAUCAAAAACGAAAUUAAUUAUUUACUGAUUCAAAAUACGGGACCGCGUGCUGUGCCGCUCAACUCAGACGUCUUGUUCAAUCAAGGUGUCAUUCACGUCAUUAAUGAGUUUUUACUUCCCGAGUCAUUUCGCGUACCCAUCUGGGACCUUAUUGAAACAACAAUUGACCCUUCUUUUCCACAAUUUUCAAUUACGAAACUACUCAAACAUUACCCCAAGAUUGAGAGCUCCUUGACGGGAAAAAUGCCGUUUUCCUUAUUGGUCCCGUCGGCAGAGUCUCUUGAAAAUUUCAACAUUACAUCUUCAUUUACAGACUUGCUUGAGUUUUUAGAGUUUCAUCUUAUACCUAAUGAGGAAGUGGGAAAAAUACUAGAAUGUAUACAUGGCGAUAACAGUGGGAGCCAGGUGAUGGGAACUGACGACAAUAUCAUUAAAACAAACUUAACAAAUGGCGGAUUGACGUGCAGACAUCAAAAGGGCACAGAUAAGAUCCUAUUAAACUUUCGAAAACUAAACAAUACGACUCAAGGUAAAGGUGCAACUACAGAAUCAUAUAACAAAGACCAGGAAGUGCGAUUAUUGUCCCAUGGGUGCACAUCACUGCGUCUUAGGGACCGGGAUACAAAGAAUAUCUCAUGUGUAUUUUUGCUAGAUAAACCAUUGAAUCUUGAGUGGUUUAAAGAUAAGCACAAGGGUGAUAACUUUUUGCAUGUCUAUUUGGGUAUUGUAAGUGUUGGAAUUGGAAUCAUUCUAGGUCUCACCUUAUUUGCUGGCGUUAUGCUUGGUCUCGUGCUUUGUGUUGGUAGGAAAGACCGUGAUCAUCGUCGAAAUCACAAAAAGGGAGUUGGUGCUGACGAUGAGAUACCGCGUGCAGACUCUGGGUUUAUGAGUGUUUUAACGGAAGAUGACGAAGAGGACAAUAAUGACUUUUUGCCGUAUGAUAGAGGAUACGAAACUGAUAUUGAUCUUUUACGACUGGAGCAGGAUGCGCUAUUACCAAGUCACUUAAAAAGGAAAAAGAAGAUCAGAUUGAUCAAUAAUGGGUAUGGAUCAAUUGAUAAAAGUGUUGGAGAUGAUAGUAUGAAUAGACGUGCUGGUACACGUACACGUAAUACAACUGCUGGUGUAGAGGAUGGUGAUGACGACGGUGGUAAAACAGUUCAAGCUACAUUACCACGCGAUAUUGGCAAUGUAAGAAAAACAUUAAAUAGAGACAGGAACAUUCCUGGCGUAUCGCAGUUUUAA